AUGGUUCCUGAAUAUGUCCUGAAACCCACAAGCUCUACUUCCGCCAAGACCUUCAAGCACACCUUAUUUGAAGGAGACAAUGACCCACGGUCCCAUCUGUUUGAGUUCAUUCGGGUUGCCCAGAUGAACCGGUAUGACGAGGAAGAUGUCUUACGGGCGUUUCCUCAAACAUUGCAUAAGAGCUACAGGAGAUGGUAUGAUAGCCUGGAUGCAAAAACACAGCGAGAUUGGGUGAAGCUACAAACUGCUUUCCUCAAGCACUUCAAAACAGAUGACAGUGAUGAAUUUGGCCUGCGUGAUUUGGAGAGCUUGAGGCAAGAGAAGGAUGAAAGCUUCUCUGGACUAUUACAGGAGAUAGAGGACAAAGUUGUUCAUGUCCAAAUAAGGCCAAAGGACCAAGAACUGAUCAGGAUUUUCAGUCGAAGCUUGCUGCCUUACUUCAAGGAAAGGGUGCUGGCCCAACCUCUCACUAAUUUUUCUCUAGUGCAAAGGGCCAGGCUGAAUAUUGAAGAGCUAUACAAAGAUGAAAAGAAGAAGAGCCGAGGGUUUGGUAACUACCGGUCCUCCUACAAUGAUCAAAGUAGAAAUGCUGGAAAUAAUGCUACAAACCAAUCGGGGAGUAGCAAUACAGUUGAAGCUGUCAAUGAGAAAGUGAGAAGGGAGUUCACCGACUUGGGCAGACCUUUAAGCACAGUCAUGAGAUCCUGCAUCAAGAAUGGCAUGCUGUCCAAAUUACCAGUUAAUCCAGCUAAGCCUAUUCGGGGUAGGUUCCUGGAUCGGGACUGCGAGUAUCACCAGUGUAAGGGUCAUUCUACUGAUGACUGCUUCAAGCUUAGGCAUGAUAUACAGGAUCUAAUAGACAGUAAGCUUAGGCAUGAUAUACAGGAUCUAAUAGACAGUGGGAAGAUUACCAAACCUUCUGAACGCAAUAAGCCAAGCACAAAGAAUAAUCCCUUACCGCAAUACCAAUAUAAUUAUCCACCUCAUAAGCCUUAA